AUGUCCGGUGCCUCGAAUCGUCUGACCAAGAUCCAAGACGCAUUGACAAUGAACAAGACCGCAACUACCAUCCCCUGGGACCCAGACUGCGCCAUCUUUCCGACAAGAAAAGAAUUGCCUACCAUCCCAGGAGCACCACCAGAGGCUGCCUGGGUCUGGGGUGAAGAUGAUCACAUUGGCAGAUUAAACCUGCUCACACCGACAAGAAUCAAGGCUGCAUCUGCUGAGAUCAAGACUGGCGAGGUUAUACCUCUGGAUCUGCCUCUCAACGUCCCAGAAGUGCCCGGUUUCUCCCGAGAACAGUUCAAGCACAAGAUUAAGGUUCUUGCCGAAGGCAUAGCCUACGAUGACAUAUACGAGUUAAAUACCCAGAGCGGGACUCAAUGGGAUGGCUUCCGCCAUUUCGCUCAUGUCUCAACCAACACAUUCUACAACGGGGUCCGCGCUAUCGACAUCGUCGGCCCCAGCGCCAACCACAGAGACAGCAUCCAUCACUGGGCGAACCAUGGCAUAACCGGCCGCGCCUUUCUUCUCGACUACUACUCCUACGCCCAAUCCCAAAACAUCACAUAUAGCGCCUACAGCGCGUAUGGAAUCUCCUACGCUGACCUAGCCGCCUGCGGCAAAGCCCAGGGGAUCGACAUCCGCCCGGCUGCGCAGGGAGGCGACAUCAAGGUCGGCGACAUCCUCCUUAUCCGCUCGGGCUUCGUGGAGCAAUAUCACAACCUAUCAAGUGCGGAACGCAAGGCCCUCGCUCUCCGCCAACAUACCGUCGAUCCUGCUACUGAUGGUCAACGUUACGCGGGCUUAAAGCAGGAAGAGCCCAUUCUGGAUUGGCUUCAUGACUGUUAUUUCGCGGCGGUAGGGGGUGAUGCGCCGGCUUUUGAGAGGUGGCCAACCACUGAGCCAUGGUAUAUGCAUGAGUAUAUAUUAGCGUUGUGGGGGAUGCCAUUGGGGGAGAUGUUGGACCUGGAGAGGUUGAGUAAGAUGUGCCACGAGAAGAAGAGGUGGUUUUUCUUCUUUACCAGUGCGUCUACCGCUGACUACAUCAAUGCCAUCAACGCCAAAUAUGAUUUUCUCCGACCCAAAUCGCAUGUCCAAGUCUGGAUUGUGCCGUUCGGCGCAGCUGGGCCUGAAGCCCUUGAGGACGGCAGUGUCGAGUCGUAA